AUGGAACCACCAUUGAAAAAGUCCAAGCGCAACAUAGAUUUUAGCAUACGUUCAUUAAUCGAUUGCUCGCAGAAUGAUACUCUCCAUUCAUCCUGCCAUACGACAAGUCCAUCGAAAUCAGCAAGUAAUGAAAGUCUACAAUAUUCACCAUCGUCUUCGGCGGGUAGCGGAAUGGCCGGUCGAUUAUCCUGGACGAAUACAACUUCGCAAUCACAUUGGCUACCCGACGCGGAAAUCAUCGACAAAGCACGUAAUAAUGAAUUGCCGAAGAUCAAUGCAAAAGUCUGCUCAUUGCGCAAACAUAAACAGAAUCGUAAACCACGUACACCAUUUACGACAUCACAACUAUUAGCGUUAGAGAAGAAAUUUCGCGAUAAACAAUAUUUAACCAUUGCUGAACGAGCAGAAUUCUCUGCUUCGUUGAAUUUAACAGAAACUCAAGUGAAAAUAUGGUUUCAAAAUCGUCGAGCGAAAGAAAAACGUAUCGCUGAAGCGGAUACCGAGAAGUAUCGUUUUCUGCAAUUAAAACAUCCAUUAGCCGUGGCUGCUGCUAAUGUUCUUCAUCAUCAUCAUUCUUUGUACAAUUUCAUCUCACCCGCUACCACAACAUGUUCAUCCUAG